AUGCCGGCUUGUAGACAAUCAUUUGUUGAAGCCUACAAUGCUUCAAGGCGGCCGGUUAGCUUUUGUGGUCCGCCCGUGCUUUGUCCUGCAGGAGAAUACUUUGCAGAGCCACAAGAUUGUCGCUUAUUUUACCAAUGUGACCAUGGGAGGCCAGUGGCCAAAAGAUGUGGUCCAGGAACUGUGUGGAACCAAGAACUUUGGGUGUGUGACUGGCCAUCGAAUGUAGACUGCGGGAUACGAAGCCAAAAACUCCCCGAAGGAUGUCCUGACAAUUUACACUUCUUAGAUCAUGAUAGAUGUCCUAGUAGCACUUACUAUCGAUGUGAGAAAGGCGUUGCUACUAAGAAGCUAUGCGAUAACGGAGGAGUAUUCAACACCAAGAAUUGCCAAUGUGACUCAUACCUCAACCUUAACUGCAUGAAUAUGCCUUCACGUUGUGAAUUCAAUUCUACACCAUCCUUGUCGCCGGUAACCACGCCUCUGGUUGAGAAAAAUACUAAAACCACUCCAAGAACAACUACGAAACCAACAAUCAGAACACCAGCUACUAGUCCCACUACAAUGGCUUCCUUGUCGACAACAAUAAAACCUGAAGUAAAUAAAGUGCCGCAUCCAACCACGCCCAUAGUUGGCAUUAAUACUAAAACCACUCCAAGAACAACUACGAAACCAACAAUCAGAACACCAGCUACUAGUCUCACUACAAUGGCUUCCUUGUCGACAACAAUAAAACCUGAAGUAAAUAAAGUGCCGAAUACAACCACGCCAAUGGUUGGCAUUAAUACUAAAACCACUCCAAGAAAAACUACGAAACCAACAAUCAGAACACCAGCUACUAGUCUCACUACAAUGGCUUCCUUGUCGACAACAAUAAAACCUGAAGUAAAUAAAGUGCCGCAUCCAACCACGCCCAUUGUUGGCAUUAAUACUAAAACCACUCCAAGAACAACUACGAAACCAACAAUUAGAACACCAGCUACUAGUCUCACUACAAUGGCUUCCUUGUCGACAACAAUAAAACCUGAAGUAAAUAAAGUGCCGAAUACAACCACGCCAAUGGCUGGCAUUAAUACUAAAACCACUCCAAGAAAAACUACGAAACCAACAAUCAGAACACCAGCUACUAGUCUCACUACAAUGGCUUCCUUGUCGACAACAAUAAAACCUGAAGUAAAUAAAGUGCCGCAUACAACCACGCCUAUGGUUAAGAUGAAUACUAAAACCACCCAAGGAACAACUACGAAACCAAAAAUCAGAACAACAGCUACUAGUCUCAAAACAAUGGCUUCCUUGUUGAAAACAAUAAAAUCUGAAGUAAAUAAAGUGCCGCGUCCAACCACGCCUAUGGUUAAGAUGAAUACUAAAACCACCCAAGGAACACCUACGAAACCAACAAUCAAAUCACCAGCUACUAGUCUCACAACAAUGGCUUCCUUGUUGAAAACAAUAAAAUCUGAAGUAAAUAAAGUGCCGCGUCCAACCACGCCUAUGGUUAAGAUGAAUACUAAAACCACCCAAGGAACACCUACGAAACCAAAAAUCAGAACAACAGCUACUAGUCUCAAAACAAUGGCUUCCUUGUUGAAAACAAUAAAAUCUGAAGUAAAUAAAGUGCCGCGUCCAACCACGCCUAUGGUUAAGAUGAAUACUAAAACCACCCAAGGAACACCUACGAAAUCAACAAUCAGAACAACAGCUACUGGUCUCACAGCAAUGGCUUCCUUGUUGAAAACAAUAAAACCUGAAAUAAAUCAAGUGCAGCAUACAACCACGCCUAUGGUUAAGAUGAAUAUUAAAACCACUCAAGGAACCACUAUGAAACCAACAAUCAGAACAACAGCUACUAGUCUCACAACAAUAGCUUCCUUAUUGAGUACAAAAAAACCUGAAUAGCAUGAAGUCCUACGUCAAACCACUCCAAUGAUUGAUAACUAAAACCACCCAAGGAACAACUAUAGGUUUAUAUUAAUACUAUUAAUAUUACUGUGUGACCAUGGAUACGAUACAAAAAAUUUACAUUUCUAUAUAUAUUUUCAUGUAACCAUAUCGAAAAUGAAAACAAAUGUUUAGGUUUUGAAACUAUAAAAGGUUUUAAAAUUUAGGGUCAACAGCUUAAUCACCUUUACGGCAGUAUCAUUUUCUCAUACUAAAUCUCAAAUUUAGUAGGUAAAUAGUUCGUGUAAUGACCCAAAGAAUUGCCCCUUCUACCAACUGAAUUCAGAACUCGAUAUGACAGUGAUAUCUACAUAGUUUGAAGGAGUUUUAUGAAAAUGUUUACCUUGGUCCGUGAUUUAGUAAUUAGCAAAUGACCAUUAUUAUUUUAAAACAUUCUACUAAACCAACAUAAUAUUUUUUAUGCUGCAAAAGAUGAUUUUGCCUAUGGUUAAUAUUGAGGGACAACAAUCAAGAGGACUUUAGUAUAAUUAAUAAAGUAAUAAAUUAUGUGCAGAGGAAAAACACAAUUUAUAUUAUUUUACGAUGGUAAUCGCGUGUUACGUUGGUGUCGAAAGACGAUCGAAAGACGACUUUGGGUGGAUACACUAUCUAAAAUAAAGGUAGCUGCACAAAUAUGAAUAAGGCUAAAACGCCAAUCAAGUUUCACCUAAAAAAGACCUCAAAUUACACUCGUUAAUUAAACCAUACAUGGCAUGUAAAAGUAUAUUCUUUACGAUCUUAACGUAUUUAAACAUACAGGGUUAUCAACAUAUUAAUACGUUAAGCUGUAAGCGGGCUUUUAGGUGAUUUGGUUCGAAAUUCACUUACACCACUAACUUAGCAUACAUUUGUUUAGAGUUCAUUGUUGAAACAAGCAAAUAUUUAC